AUGAAAAUGGUUCACCUGUUUGUUUUGUUCAGCGUGUGGCAUCUGACUGGUGUGUUUGGUGAAUCAGUGUCAGUGACAGAGGGAGAUUCAGUCACUUUACACACUGGUUUAACUAAACUGAUGGGUGAUGAUCUGAUUAAGUGGAGGUUUGGAGCUGAAAACACUUUAAUUACUAGAAUUAAUGUAAUGAUCAAAAGACUUGAUAUAUAUGAUGAUGUUCUUGAUGGGAGAUUCAGAGACAGACUGAAGGUGGAUCAUCAAACUGCAUCUCUGACCAUCACAAACAUCACAACUGAACAUGCUGGAGUUUAUAAACUACAGACCACCAGCCUGAGCAAGAAUUUCAGCAUCACUGUUUACACGUGUCUGCCUGUUCCUGUCCUCAUCAGAGCCUGUUCUUCCUCCUCAUCUUCAUCUGUGCAGUAUUGUUCAGUGUUGUGUUCAGUGGUGAAUGUGAGCGCUGUGAGUCUCUCCUGGUACAAAGGAAACAGUUUAUUGUCCAGCAUCAGUGUGUCUGAUCUCAGCAUCAGUCUCUCUCUACCUCUGGAGGUGGAAUAUCAGGAUAAAAACACCUACAGCUGUGUGAUCAACAACACCAUCAGCAACCAGACCACUCUUCUGGACAUCAAUACACUCUGUCACACACGCGAAGUCCACGCCUCUGGCUUUGAGACUAUAGAUCCUGUGCUCCGAUUGGUCGUCACUGCUCUGAUGGGCAUGGCAGCUGUGGCUGCUGUUGUUCUUCUGGUCAAUGACAUCAGAUCUACAAUGUUUUGA